AUGACUUUAAACCUUUCAUCCAUUGAAUUUCCGGUAGCUCUUCCUGGUAAAGAAUGCCACUGGAUGACACUGUCUCGAGAGCAGCACGGUUCCAGUAUCUUGUUUUUGCUUCAUUUGCAUCAUAAAGAUAAUCGCUUCACUACCGACUUCUGCAAAUCCAUCUUGACUGCGUUACAAAUCAUUGAAGAUAUUUUUGUCAGUGCUGAGGAGCCGUUGGAAAUGGCCCUUAUCACCACAGGUCAAGAAAAGAUUUACAGUAAUGGGCUUGAUCUAAUGCAUGCUGUGGGAUAUUCACCCUUUAUGGAUACCUAUUUACAUCUCUUGAAACGAUUGGUGACAUUUUGUAUUCCCACAGUAGCAGCGUUAAAUGGUCAUGCUUUUGCUGGUGGUUGUAUGUUAGCUCUAGCUCAUGACUACAGAGUAAUGCGCUCUGAUCGAGGCUUUAUGUGUAUGAAUGAAGUCGACCUACCUUCUCCGUUAGCACCUGGCAUGGCAGGUCUUUUACGUAGCAAAAUGUCGCCCAAGACAUUCCGUAAUAUGGUCUUGCAAGGUCAUCGAUUCACUGCUCAGGAAGCUUUGGAGCAAGACUUGGUUGAUGUGAUUGCUCCUCAGCAUGAAGUAUUACCUAAAUCCAAAGAGCUAGCUUUAAAGUGGGCACCAAAAGCUAAAUCAGGCAUUGUUUAUAAGCAAUUAAAGGAUGAAGUAAUUUUUUCACCGAAAAUUUGUAUUGAUCUGCUAGUAACGGCAAUUGAAUUAACAGCGCGCAUUCUGUUUCUUUCAUCCCGUACAUAG